UAUGCCUCGUCUCAUACCACGUCUUGUACAAGCUCUUCGCGAUGCCGCCAUUUUGAAACCCACUGAAGCACCUUCACUUUCACUUCCUACACAAAAGCCAAAAGCCAAAUCUCAAUGGCGUCCUGCCCCUCCUCCGCCGGAUUUCUCGAUCAAGGGACGAAAGAAAUCAUUUCUUCUGGAUCCUCUGAAUCCUGUCAUCAACAAGCGAAUAUACCGACGACAUAAGUCUUUACCUCCAGUGGUCAGAGUAAAGCAAUAUGUCAGAGCUCGGCCUGGAGACAAGGACAAGCCAAGAAGGAUGAGCGUGCAAGAGAGACAGUGGUCGUCAGACCCAUAUCUGCGGAUGCUGAGCAGCACCGUACGAUUGUGCGAAUAUACAGAUUCCCACCUGCCCUCAGACUUCUUAAUUCGCAUGUGUCGUGCAAAAGUUGAAGGACCAAGAUCUGGACGACCUACCACCAUCGCCAUACCCGACGGUCUCGAACACCCAAAGUGGCGUACUCGCCGGUCUGGUUUCGGUUACUACGUUAUUUGCAGGAAAGAAGCUGUCGCCGAGUUCUUCAGAAAGGGGACAUGGCAUGGGUCUCAAGUACACAAAUGCUUCCUGGACCAAGUAACACAUCUGCUACGAUUGCGAAUCCUCCAGGAAAUAGAGUGGCUGGCUGAAAUGGUGCGCAUGCGACCCCGAGGAGCUGCCGAAAAGCCACUUCUUCGACGGUUAACCCGCGCAGAAUGGAAUGAUGUCCGCAAUACUGGUGUUAUACCAUAUGAAGGUGCUGUCGCCAUCCUUGUUGUACCUCCAGUGAACAAGAACCCCAUCACGAAGAAGAGACCGGAGCCCGAUGCAUCUCCACUCCCCCCUGAUGUUGAGGAAACUGUCCGUCCGGACAAGGUAUUGAAACCAUUACCACCUUUGUCGGUCCUUCAUCCGGUCUCUCAUCAAGAACCAGAUGACGGAACUGACCUAAGUCUUCAUGUCACUUUGCCAAACCCGCGCGUACCAUUAUACAACGGUCUUGCUCUCUUCCCUUCUAGGGGGAUGCGAGCUGCUCUGCAUAAGCAGCUCAACAGUCUUCUUUUUGCGGAGCGUCGAGCGCGGUGGCGACAACUGCAAAAAACAUCUGCGUCCAAUGUCAAUAAAUCUGAUGAGAAUUCGGGCGAAACCGAUAUUGCUGAACCACUCUCCUCGGAUUAUCCAAGUGACCGCAAAGCCAGCCAUGCCUAUCUUUUAUGCUCAGAUGCUGCAACAAUGUUGCGUGCGGAUGCAGUGCCGCUCGCUAUCGCUCUUUGGCGAUUGAGAAUGUGGGAAGGGGCUGGGUGGAAGGAGCCAUGGAAAUUUAUACUCCCUAGAAUACAUCGCAGGUAGUAUGCAUGUACAUUACCAAUAUGUUCUCAGUGGUCUCUGUAUGUGCAGCUUUCGGGUCUCUGAC